CACCCGGAAGCGGAAACCAGUCCCCAGCAAGCUCAGGCGAGAGAAGGGAGAGGAGUGACUUCCGUUUGUCGGAAGUCGCUCCUCCCCCUUCCUUUGCUUUCCUUAUUUUGGGAUUGGUUCCUGACACUCAGGACCCGCCUCCUCCGGCCACGCCUCUCGUGGCCGCUUUUCCCGCCUCUGCCGGAGCAAAGCUGCGAUCUGGUGACAGUUGAGGAUGGCCGGAGCUGAGGGUCCCGCCGGGCGCCACUCGGAGCUGGAGCCCGUGGUAUCGUUGGUCGACGUACUUGAGGAGGACGAGGAGUUGGAGAAUGAGGCGUGCGCCGUACUGGGCGGCAGCGACUCCGAAAAGUGCUCCUACUCGCAGGUCUCAGUAAAGAGACAAGCACUAUAUGCCUGUAGUACCUGCACCCCCGAGGGAGAAGAACCAGCAGGAAUUUGCCUAGCUUGCAGUUAUGAAUGUCAUGGAAGUCAUAAACUAUUUGAGCUGUACACAAAAAGAAAUUUUCGUUGUGAUUGUGGAAACAGCAAGUUUAAAAAUUUGGAUUGCAAAUUAUUUCCUGACAAAGCAAAGAUAAAUUCUGGCAAUAAGUAUAAUGACAACUUUUUUGGAUUGUACUGCAUUUGUAAGAGACCUUAUCCCGAUCCUGAAGAUGAGAUUCCCGAUGAGAUGAUCCAGUGCGUGGUCUGUGAAGACUGGUUCCAUGGAAGGCAUCUUGGCGCCAUUCCCCCCGAGAGUGGGGAUUUCCAGGAGAUGGUGUGCCAGGCCUGUAUGAAGCGCUGCUCUUUCUUGUGGGCUUAUGCUGCACAAUUUGCAGUAACCAAAGUACCUGCUGAGGAUGAUGGGUUGGCGUUGAAUGUUGAUGGAAUAAGUGAUCAGGAAGUUAUCAAACCUGAAAAUGGAGAUCAUCAAGAUAGUACCCUCAAAGAGGAUGUUCCAGAACAUGCAAAGGAUGCUGUCAAGGAAGUUAAAGCAGAGCAGACUAAUGAACCAUGUACCAGCUCUAGUUCUGAAUCUGAUCUCCAGACAGUAUUUAAGAAUCAACAUCUCAACACAGAAUCACAGUCUGGCUGCAAACUUCAGGAGCUUAAAGCUAAACAUUUUAUAAAGAAAGACUGUGCCACCUAUUGGCCCCUGAACUGGCGUAGCAAGUUAUGUACCUGCAAAGACUGUAUGAAAAUGUAUGGAGAUCUAGAUGUCCUCUUCCUGACAGAUGAAUAUGACACAGUUCUGGCUUAUGAAAACAAGGGCAAGGUUGACCAGGCAGCUGACAGGACAGACCCUUUAAUGGACACCCUUAACAGCAUGAACAGAGUCCAACAAGUGGAACUUAUUUGUGAAUAUAAUGACUUGAAGACUGAACUUAAAGACUAUCUCAAGAGAUUUGCUGAUGAAGGCACGGUUGUAAAGAGAGAGGACAUCCAGCAGUUCUUUGAAGAGUUUCAGUCAAAAAAGAGAAGAAGAGUGGAUGGGCUGCAGUAUUACUGCAGCUAG